CUUUGCACCUUGAGAGGUAUCUGCUCACACCUCAUCGAAGUUGGGAUGAAGACGAAGAAGUACUAGACUGACUACAAGAGAUAAGGCGGCCUCUUCUUUUCCACAAUAUUCUUGCAGUCGAAGAUGGAGGUGAAGUGGAGGUUGGUACUGACCGUGACUUGGUCUAUCUUGGCUGGGUUUGCAAUGACCGCUAUCCCUGGACCAAAAGCCGCCAGGUACCCAGAUUACAUCGUGGACUCAAAGAUCGCCUGUACUGAAGAGGGCGUUUUUCCCCAUCCAAGGAACUGCAGUUGGUAUUACAGGUGCGUCGAUCGAAUGAAACUCGGAUUUUACCAUAUUUACUACUUUGAAUGCGAGCCUGGAACAGUAUUCGAUGACAGACUGGAUCAGUGCAUAUUCCCCGUCAAUGCUGCAGAUUAUUGUGGCUCUGGUCAUGUUAUGACAACGAUUAUUAUUGAGGCGUCGACUGAGUUUGUAUUGAUGCCCGUGAAUACAAUUCCUUUAGGCCCAACUACAAUCAUCAGUUACGUCCCAUCUACAAUAGUACUAACGGCCCCUCCGACAACUGUCAUCGUCCCUUCUGUACUUUCGACCGUUAUCCAAGGACAGAUUAGUACUGUUAUCCCUCAGUCAACUACAGAUGUUUGCACCACAGUCAUCAUAGGACAUGUUACAAGUAUAGUUCAUAGUUCUGUCUACACAAACUCGCUACCCCCGCUAACAAUAACUGGUCAAGUGCCAUCGAAAACAAUGAUCACAGCACUUCCUACAACAAUUAUCGCCCUACCCAUCUCAACUGUUGUUCCUGGACAAGUAACGACUAUAUACCCAUACCCACUGCAUCCUGUCACGACAGUGAUUAUAGGAAUGUUCGCGACAGUUUUCACAAAACCAUAUGACACAGCUGCUUUGCCACCAACGACCAUCACAAGUCAGGUAUUAUCUAUAACAGAAUUAACAGGUCCAGCUACAACUGUCAUAGCUCCGUCAACUCUAAGUAUGAUUAUUCCGGGCCAGAUUACAACGGUUUACCCACCUAAAAUUGUGACAGUCUCAACAACAGUUAUUGUGGGACAGUAUACAACUGUAGUAGCUACUUCAGUCAAAACUACUCCUCCACAUCCAGCUACUGAGUUUAGUCAAGUGGAGAAAACAACAUUAAUCCUAGGAUUGCCUACAACUGUCAUAGCACCUCCAACUUUAUCUACGAUUAUUCAAGGGCAAAUUACAACAAUUCUUCCUAUUCCACCCGAAAAGCCUACGAGUGUCACAUUCCCUGCUACUGCUGCAGUUUCUGCACCUUCCAAACCAACCACUUGCCAGCAUUUAACAACAAUUGUGUCUACAUGUAAACCAACUACAGUUACAGUAACACAGACAAUAUCAUCAGCUAUUUCUGGGGGAAUCAUCACAGAAUUUCCAAGUUCAAAUGAGAAAUUUACAACUGUAAUCACAGGAACAUCAACUAAUGUUAUGUUUUACCCUGUUGCUACGGUUUCCUCACCUCCAAUAAUUGUGACAAGUCUAAUUUCGACUAUGGUAAUAUUAACAGGCCUACCAACGACUGUUAUAGCAUCUCCGACAUUGUCCACAGUUAUUCCUGGCAAAAUCACCACAGUUGUUCCUUAUCCACUAGUAACCACUACAACUAUGAUAAUUGGAUCAGCAACAUAUAUCGUGUCAAAACCUGUAGCUACGGGUAUUCUCUCUCCUUUAACUAUCACAAGCAACGUGCCAACUCAGAUGAUGGUUAUUGGACUUCCAACCACCGUUUUAUCUUCACCUACAUUGUCAACAGUUAUACCAGGACAAACAACAACACUUGUACCUUUUCCUCAAGCAUCGCUGACAACUGUAGUUAGUGGAACAGCAGUAGAAAUUGUAACAAUGCCAGUUCCUACAACUUCAUUAUUACCGAUAACUGUAACAAGCAAGGUUUCAGCAAUGACCGUAUUAACAGGGCUGCCUAUAACUAUUUUGACAUCACCAGCCUGGUCUACAGUCAUUCCAGGACAGACCACUACAGUUCUUCCUUAUCCUCAAGCAACACUCACAACUCUGGUAAUUGGACCAGCAACACAGGUUGUUUCAAGUCAAGUGACAACAACAGGUUUAUCCCCAAUAACAAUCACAAGCCAAAUUCAGCAUAUGCAAGUAAUAACUGGUUUCCCUACAACAAUUCUGGCACCACCAACAAUGUCAAAGGUUAUUCAAGGCCAAAUUACUACUGUGGUUCCUUAUCCACAACCAACAGUUACAACAGUGAUAAUUGGAACUUCAACAAAUGUUGUUGCAAACCCAGUUGCUACCAUACCAUUACUUCCAAUAACUAUUACAAGUCAGGUCCCACAUAUGACAGUCUUGACAGGGUUACCCUCAACUGUUGUGGCAACACCAAUACUAUCUACAGUUUUGCUAGGGCAGAUUACCACUGUGGUGCCUUACCCACAAGUAACAAUUACAACUGUGAUAGUUGGGAAAGCAACAACUGUAGUGUCAUACCCAUUCCCUACAACUGCCUUACCCCCUAUGACUAUCACAGGUCAGGUUCCAGCAAUGACAUCACAGACAGGUUUGCCCACUACUAUACUAGCACUGGGAACAAAACCUACAGUAGUUCCAGGACAAGUAACCACUUUUCUGCCUUAUCCUCAGGGGACAGAGACAACGAUGAUAAUUGGUACAGCAACAAAUAUAGUUUCAAAUCCUGUUGCUACAGUACCUUCACCUCCAAUAACUAUUACAAGUCAGGUCUCCUUACCAACAAUAUCAACAGGCCCACCAACAACUGUCAUUGCAUCACCAACAUUAUUCACUGUUAUUCCUGGACAAACUACUACUAUUGUUCCUUACCCACCAGCAACACUUACAACAGUGAUUACUGGAAAGACAACUAAUGUUGUAGCAAAACCAGUUGCUACAGUACCUUCACAUCCCAUAACUAUAACAAGUGAUGUUCCAGUAAAAACUGUAUUGACAGGUUUACCAGUUACCAUCUUAGCACUACCAACUUUGUCUACUGUUAUUCCAGGUCACACUACUUCUGUUUUUCCUAUUCCUCAAGCAACUGUUACAACUGUGGUCAUUGGAGCAGCAACAACAGUAGACCCAAAGCCAGUUGCUACAGCAGCUUUACCCGCAAUAACUAUUACAAGUCCAGUUCAAGAACUCACUGUACUGACUGGAUUGCCUACAACUGUCAUUGCAUCACCAGCAUUGUCAACUGUUAUUCCUGGGCAAACUACUACUGUCAUUCCAUAUCCUCAAGGAACAGAUACAACUUUGAUCAUAGGAAAGGCAACAAAUGUUGUUGCAACACCAGUUCCCACAGUUGCACUACCUCCAGUUAUCUUCACUAGUCAGGUUACGUCAAUGACAGUAGUUACAGGUCCACCAACAACUGUUAUAGCAUCGCCUUCACUGUCAACAAGUCUUCCAGGGCAAACAACAACUAUUGUUCCUUAUCCAGAUGCAACAGUUACAACUGUAAUCAUUGGGAGAGCAACCAGUGUUAUUUCAUACCCAAUCGCUACAACUACUUUACCCCCAAUGACUAUUACAAGCAAAGUUUCAGUAAUGACAGUACUAACUGGUCUGCCUACGACUCUCAUGGCAUCACCGACAUGGUCUACUGUCAUCCCAGGACAGACUACUACAGUUCUUCCUUAUCCACAGCCAACAAUUACAACUGUCAUAGUUGGAGCAGCAACAAAUGUUGUUUCAAAUCCGGUGGCAACUGUACCAUUACCACCUCUAAUUGUCACAAGCCAGGUUCUUUCGAUGACCAUAAUAACUGGGCUACCUACAACAGUUUCAGCAUCACCAACCUUGUCAACAGUUCUUUUAGGGCAAACUACAACCGUUGUUCCUUAUCCACCAGCAUCAGUUACAACUGUGAUGAUUGGUACAGCAACACAGAUCGUUUCAAAUCCAGUUGCUAUGGUUGCCUUACCAGCAAUAACUGUCACGAGUCAAGUCCCAGCAAUGACAGUAACAACAGGUUUACCUUCAACUGUGGUAGCAUCACCGACUUUGUCCAUGGUUAUUCAAGGGCAAAUCACUACAAUUUUACCUUAUCCACAUGCAGCAGUUACAACUGUAAUAAUUGGAACAGCAACAAACAUAUUAUCAGCACCAGUUGCUACAGUAGCUUUACUUCCGAUGACUAUCACAAGUCAAGUUUCUGUAAUAACAACAACAGUUGGAUUACCUACAACUGUAAUAGUGUCACCAACAUUGACGACAAUUAUUCCGGGACAAACCACAACUAUUGUUCCUUAUCCACAGGCAACAGUUACUACAGUAAUCAUUGGAACAACAACUAAUGUUGUUUCAGGUCCAUUUGCAACAACAGCUUUACCACCCAUCAUAAUCACAAGCCUAGUUCCUUCAAUGACUAUACAAACAGGUUCACCUACAACUGUAAUAGCAUCACCAACAGUGUCUACAAUCAUUCCAGGACAUAUCACCACUGUUGUUCCUUAUCCACAGGCAACUGUUACAACGGUGAUUGUUGGGAAAGCAACAAAUGUUGUUUCAAAUCCAGUUGCUACUACAGCCUUACAGCCAAUAACAAUCACAAGUUUAGUUUCUUCAAUGACAAUAUUAUCAGGCUUACUCACAACUGUGAUAGCUUCGCCAACAUUGUCUACAGUUAUCCUUGGGCAAAUCACCACUGUUGUUCCUUAUCCACAAGCAACAAUUACUACAGUGAUCAUUGGUACAACAACUAAUGUCGUUGCAAAACCAGUUGCUACUGUUGCUUUACAGCCAAUAACAGUUACUAGUUUAGUUCCUUCAAUGAUAGUGUCAACUGGUUUACCUACAACUGUUAUAGUAUCACCUACAUUAUCUACUGUUGUUCUUGGCCAAAUCACCACUGUUGUUCCCUAUCCACAGGCAACAGUCACUACAGUGAUCAUUGGGACAGCAACUAAAAUUGUUUCACAACCAGUUGCCACUAUAGCCUUACAGCCAAUAACAAUCACAAGUCUAGUUCCUUCAACAACUAUAUUAGCAGGCUUACCUACAACUGUGAUUGCAUUACCAACGUUGUCUACAAUAAUCCCAGGCCAGAUCACUACAGUUGUUCCUUAUCCACAGGCAACAGUUACCACAGUGAUCAUUGGGACAGCAACUAAUGUCGUAUCAAAACCAGUUGCCACUACAGCUUUACAACCAGUAACAAUCACAAGUCUAGUUCCUUCAACAACAGUGUUGGUAGGAUUACCUACAACUGUGAUAGCAUUGCCAACAUUGUCCACAGUUGUCCCCGGGCAAAGUACAAUUGUUGUUCCUUAUCCACAGGCAACAGUUACUACUGUGAUCAUUGGAACUGCAACUAAUGUCAUUUCAAAACCAGUUGCUACCAUAGCCUUACAACCAAUAACAAUCACAAGUCUAGUUCCUUCAACAACAGUGUUGGUAGGAUUACCUACAACUGUGAUAGCAUUGCCAACAUUGUCCACAGUUGUCCCCGGGCAAAGUACCAUUGUUGUUCCUUAUCCACAGGCAACAGUUACUACUGUGAUCAUUGGAACUGCAACUAAUGUCGUUUCAAAACCAGUUGCUACCAUAGCCUUACAGCCAAUAACAAUCACAAGUCUAGUUCCUUCAACAACAGUGUUGGUAGGAUUACCUACAACUGUUAUAGCAUCACCAACAUUGUCCACAGUUGUUCCAGGACAAAGUACAAUUGUUGUUCCUUAUCCACAGGCAACAGUUACCACAGUGAUCAUUGGGACAGCAACUAAUGUCGUAUCAAAACCAGUUGCCACUAUAGCUUUACAACCAGUAACAAUCACAAGUCUAGUUCCUUCAACAACAGUGUUGAUAGGAUUACCUACAACUGUGAUAGCAUCACCAACAUUGUCCACAGUUGUCCCAGGACAAAGUACAAUUGUUGUUCCUUAUCCACAGGCAACAGUUACCACAGUGAUCAUUGGGACAGCAACUAAUGUCGUAUCAAAACCAGUUGCCACUAUAGCUUUACAACCAGUAACAAUCACAAGUCUAGUUCCUUCAACAACAGUGUUGAUAGGAUUACCUACAACUGUGAUAGCAUCACCAACAUUGUCCACAGUUGUCCCAGGACAAAGUACAAUUGUUGUUCCUUAUCCACAGGCAACAGUUACCACAGUGAUCAUUGGGACAGCAACUAAUGUCGUAUCAAAACCAGUUGCCACUAUAGCUUUACAACCAGUAACAAUCACAAGUCUAGUUCCUUCAACAACAGUGUUGGUAGGAUUACCUACAACUGUGAUAGCAUCACCAACAUUGUCCACAGUUGUCCCAGGACAAAGUACCAUUGUUGUUCCUUAUCCACAGGCAACAGUUACUACUGUGAUCAUUGGAACAGCAACAAAUGUGGCUUCAGAACCUGUUGCUACUUUAGCCUUACCUCCUAUAACAAUCACAAGUCAUGUUCCCGUACUUACAGUGUCUACUGGUUUACCUACAACUGUUAUAGCAGCUCCAACAUUAUCAAAGGUCAUUCCUGGUCAGAUCACCACUAUUGUCCCUUAUCCAAAAGCAACAGUGACAACUGUAAUUAUUGGAAAAGCAACAAAUGUCGUCUCCACAUCAGUGAUCACUAGAAGCUUCCCUCCAAUAACAAUCACAACCCAUGUUCCAGAAGUAACUGUAGUGACAGGACUCUAUACCACUAUCAUUUACGAGGAGACCACUAAUAUUGUUCCAGGACAAAUCACCACUUAUGUGCCAGUCCCAAAGCCACAGAUAGUUCCUACUCCCAUUUCCCCUCCCAUAGUUACAACAAGACCCCCACCAUUACCGAUCCAGUGUGAAUUCAGAGAGAAUGACUGUAAAACAUACGAAGUCUGCAUCCCAGCUAAACGGAAUCAUAGUCUCUGUCAUGGAUGCCAUAUAGGAGGGGCAUUCGUUAAAGCCUCAGAUUUAGGGUGCCAAAAUGGACUGAUGUCAAAGCGUGAUCCCAGCGUCUGCAUUCCAGAACCUGAGAAAAGUACCCUUUGUGAUGCAGUGCCUGGUUCAGGAGUCACGGUUGACGAGAUCUUGAACUUCCAGUGCAGUUUUGAGAAGACUCGUCCCAAUGAUGCCUGGAUACAAAAGCGCUUCUGUGACCCCUAUGUGCUGUGUGAUCAAAAGGGUGCUGUCAAGGGCAUAAUAUUCUUGUGUAGGAACUACUACCAGUGCUACAAGAAUUCGUCAGGCGAGUGGGAUUCAGAGCUGAAGAAGUGCCCUGGGGAGGAGCUCUUCAGUUUCAAGGAGGACAAGUGUGUUCCCAAACCGAAAGCUGAGGAACUGUGUUCCGGCCCCAAAAGGACAUCAUACCCGCUUCUUGGGUCACUGUAAAAGCUUCAAUCUUCAAGAAAAGACGACGACAUUCCCUUCCUCGUACUACAGUGAUGAGCUCUUCAGCUGGCUCUUCAUUUAAUCUGUUUAAUUCGGUCAAAAAGAAGUUUUAACGGGGGUUUCACGUAGGCUUGUCUGAAAGGUUCUAUAAUAAUCUUUCUUCUGGUCAAAAUGGCAGGACUGAAAGAAAGAAACUGGCCGAAUCACUGGCUAUGACUUAAAACAAAACCUUUGCCUAGGUAUUUAGGUUUGAAAGCCACAAUGACAACAGGGGGUUAAAAAGGUGAAGAAUUAUCAGGUCAAAAAGAGAAUAUUCGUGCUCUGAGAAGGAACACUUACUGUCGGACACCAGAACUAGUAUUUUCAGGUAAAAGGAGCAAUACUUCACUGCAAAUGAACUAACAAGUUGUCUCAGAACUUAUGAGAAAAAUAGAGGGAAUCAGUUAUAUGGAUCAGUCAAUAAUUCAAUCAGUCGAGUAGUUCAAUCAACUAGCUAUUUAUUUAGUAGUAUACCUAUUUAUUAGGUAGUUUCUGUGUAAACAAUUAUUUAUUUAAUCACAUAUUUAUUCCGUAUUUAUUGUGUAAUUUAUUAGCUAUAUCUAUAUUUAAUUGCUUUACAGAUUGAUAUUUAGCAAGACCUUAUAGAUCCGUCAUUGAAGGAUUUCAAAGUGUAAUCGUCUAUUUAUUUAUUCGUACAUCGACGCAUUUUUUGGUUGAAUACGUAUAUAAUUUAUUUGUCCAAUAUCUAUUUAUUUAAUCGCAUUUAUUCCCUAUUUAUUCCUUAAUUUAUUAGAUACUUAUAUAUUUAAUUGCUUAACUGCUUAGUAUUUAUUUGAAGAGGUAACCGGCAUUUACUGGUUUCUUGAUUUAGUAAGAAAUCGCUUGGAAGCAAAAGUAUUCUUAUAAGCUGAUACGUUUCUCAUGGGCAUGUAAGUUAGUACAAAAUACAUUAAUAAACUGAGAGGAAAACUUGCAAUUAGGACGUAGGUAUUCAUGGGAACUAGAAUUCAUUUUAUGGACAUUGACCUGAAAUUCAUGUGGGUAACAAUAUGUUCAGCGAAAUGCGAUUCUUCAGCUGAAAUAAAAACCAAAAAAUACAGGGUGUCCAUAAAGUCCCAAUGCCAUUACAAGUAUUUAUGGCUUGUAAUGGUACUGGGACUUUAUGGAUACCCUGUAUGAUAUAUGCGGGACCAUAAAAAUGUAAACAUUUGCUUUCUUUUUCAUUCAUUUGGGAUUUUUAAUAUCCUAUAAAAGUUGUAGAAUUAUACGAUUAAAAACAAAUAAGAAUUUGACACUGGUAAAAUCUGACAGUCUCAUUCGAAGGAAAUGUUCAAAACUUUCAGUCAUCAUUAUUAAGAAGAGAACUUGACUUACCCAUCUCUAGAUCAACUGGGGAGCUUGAUAACUUGAUUCAUUAAUUAAUUAUAAAAAUUAAAUGGUUUAUAAAGACGUGGUAAUUAGAAUUAUGCAAGAGUGAUAUGCAUCAGGUAUAUCCACUGAUUAAUGAUCUGAAAUCUUUAAUGUCUGCCAAUAUAGAUCUACGGCUGUUUUAUAUUAAUUAACAUGAAAAUUUUAAUGAAUGGUUUACUGCUUUAUUUUAACUGCAAACGAUCAUUUUUAUUUGCACAGUGCAAAGAGCAGGUCGCCCCACAUUAUAAUUUACCUAAUUUAGUGCCAUUAUAAUUUAUUAUAGAUUAUUUAUUGAUGUUAUCACCACUUUCAUCAUCAUUGUUAUAAUCAUUAACAUAUUGAUUGUUAUUGUUUUAUCAUUCGUUGUUAUUGUUGUGAUAAAAAUAUUACAUAGAGUUUUUAUUGUUCAUGUUAUUUAUUUGUUGUAUUUCAUUGUCUGUUUAACAUCUUAGAAAAAAAUAUAUCAUCUGAAAUCUUUUUAUAGGAAAUAUGGAAUGAAUUUAUUUCUUAAGACUUCCAAACAACUGGACUAAAAAUAGUUUAUUUUGGUAAUAAGAAGGAACUUGCUUACUACAUUUGCCAUAGGACUGGAAUUCCAAAAGCAGAUUCCGUUAUUCUUAUAAGAUUUUCUCAGAAAUUUUAUUGAUAGUAAAUUGUUGUCCUUGAAUUUUUGUCUGUCAUUAUUUGUCAAGCGCUUGGGAAUCAUUUAUUUAUUUAUUCAUUGAAAUAAAAUACAAAAGAUAAAAUAAAAUUGAUCAUUCAAGAUGACGUGGCUUUAUUUCACUAAUGAUGUAACCUUCAGGAAUACUUUUAAUUGUAUUCAUGAGUCUGCGAGUGGUCCACGGAUAUGAUAAACAUAACUGCAUGACGUCAUUGCACAUAUGCGCAUGCGCACUUGUGUUUGUGCCUGCUUUCGUAU